AGUUGUGUUGUGUAGGUAUUCAAGAGGCACAACAAUAAACCUUUAUACAAUUUUGACACUGCAUCUCGCUUGUCUCUGCCCUGAGAACUGUAUAAGAUUCAACAUUGCUACUUUAUAUGAUUUUAGCUUUGAUAGAAUCGGAUUUUAAAAAAAUUUUCAAAGCAUUAAUUGGCGAUGGAAUGUUUUCAUGAGUACAGUCCUGUACUGUGGACCUGUGCGCUGACUGCCUUCAGCCUCUUCGAUGUUGUCUACUUCUUACGGCAUAUUUGGGUAGCAAUUGAGGUACUACUGCGUUCCAGACCCUUGUAUAACGCUGCAGUCAGGUUUUUCAACCCAAAGUUCCCUUCCUACAUCAAAGAACAUGACUUAAACGAGGAGGACGUGUUUGAGUCGCGAAUAUUCCCCUACGAGGUGGACCACUUCUUGAGGCUAACAGACCAAGCUGGAGCAAUGAUCCUGGAACUAGCCCGGAACAGAGCACUUUACGGGACUGGACUUAUCCUUGUGUGUUGGGAAACUGGCACUAGUCUCUGGGUGGUGGCAAGUUCUCAGGUAACGUGGAGAAAAAGACCCACGUUGUUACAGAAAUACUUUGUAAAGACCAUUUACUCUCCCGACUACGAGAAACUGCACGCUAGAUACGUGCCAAUUAAACAAGUAAUAGAGUCGGAGUGCGGUGAAGUACUCUGUGAAGCGCUUGUUACUCUGGUUCUGCCUCCCACAGCUCAGAUUGGUAACCUUAUCUGCAAGUAUCGGGAGAAAUUUGGCGAUUACAAGGGUCCGGGGAAAAGAUCAAACAAAGGUAUGAGUAUUCGGUCCCUGUUUUCUGAACAGAAGAAUGAUAACGAGGAGAGUUUGGCGGAUGGAAAUAAAGAUGAGAGUGAAAGUUCAGACCGCAGUUCAAAUGUGAGGUCGGCCGGAGGUUUGAGGAGGAGUAAAAGUUUCGUGAAUGAGAAUGAAGAUGAAGAAGAAAGUUUAGAUCUUAGUUCCAGUGAUGACGAAGAGAUUUUCGCCAAAAAGAGUAAAGAUAGAGGUGCAAGUUCCAAUCGUAGUUCGAAUGCGAGGCCGGCCGGGGGUUUGAAGAGGAGCAAAAGUUAUGGGAGUUUUUUGGAAAAUUUGUCGAACAUUGUGCACGAUGACCUCAGUGGACUUUGAACUUUUAAAACGUGUAAUGUUUGUAGUAAUUCGAGAAGCGCUGAAGGGGCUACAUUUUAUGUUGAAAUAUAGAUUUCGUAACAUAAGGUACAAUUU